CACAGACCACAGACCGCGCCGCGCUUUUCUUUUCCCUUUCCCCUUCCCCCCCAACGAAUAACGCUCCACUUUAUUUCCCUCUCCUCUCUCUUUCAUAAAUCAAAAACCAUGCCUAUUGCAAAGAUCUCUCCUUCAUUGCUCUCUGGAGACUUUGGCAUCCUCGCUGCAGAAUGCAAACGCAUGGUCUCUCACGGUGCUGACUGGUUGCACAUGGAUGUCAUGGAUGGUCACUUCGUUCCCAAUAUUACCAUUGGCGCCCCAGUGAUUUCCUGCUUGUCUAAACACCUGGAUGCUUUUUUGGAUUGCCAUAUGAUGGUAUCCAACCCUGAGAAAUGGGUCGACGAUUUCGCCAAAGCGGGUGCAUCUCUUUAUUGCUUCCAUAUCGAGGCCACCAAUGAUGCCUCCGCAUUGAUCGACAAGAUUCAUGCUGCAGGUAUGAAGGCCGGUGUGGCUGUCAAGCCCAAGACACCCAUCUCAACUGUCAUGGAAUUGGGUCAUAAGAUGGACAUGUGUUUAGUCAUGACAGUCGAACCCGGUUUCGGUGGACAACGUUUCAUGGCAGAAUGUAUGCCUAAAGUCAAGGAACUUCGGGCCAAAUUCCCAGAACUGGAUAUUGAGGUGGAUGGUGGCAUUGCUUUGGAAAACAUUGAUAAGGCUGCAGAGGCUGGCGCUAAUGUCAUCGUCGCAGGAACCUCCAUCUUCAAGGCCGAGGAUAUCACUGGAACCAUUGAGACCUUCAGGAAAAAAGUCAACGAGGAGCAGGCUUUAUUGGCAAAGAAAUAAGGGGAAUAAAUAUGGAAAUGAAGUUUACAAGGACAGAGAGGAUAUGGUGUAGAGAAU